AUGGCGCCUCAACUCCAAGCCGUGCUCUCGAGCUCGUACCUAGUCCCCAUGAUCGGGUGCCUCUUCUUCAUAACCUUCAUCCUCUCCUACAUCUCCUCAUGGCGGCGGCUCCGGCACAUCGACGGCCCGCUCCUAGCCUCGAUCUCGUACCUCUGGAUGUUCCGAACCUCCCUAACGGGCGAGCAAGCAGCCCGCUACGGCACCAUCAGCCAGAAGUACGGUCGCCUGGCGCGCAUCGGGCCCAACGACCUGCUGACAUCCGACCCGGAGGUCCUGCGACGCAUGAACGGUGCGCGGUCCAAGUACGGGCGGUCGAGCUGGUACCGCGCGAUGCGCAUGGAUCCCUACGCGGACUCGCUGUUCACGCAGAUGGACGCGGGGGCGCACGACCGGCUGAAGGCGCAGCUCGCGUUCGGGUACGGCGGGAGGGAGAACCCGACUAUCGAGCGCGGCAUCGACGAGCAGGUGGCGAACCUCGUUGCGCUCGUCCGGCGCAAGUACCUGUCGACCGGCGGCGAGGGGACCACUGGCCCGCGGCUGCGCCCGAUGGACCUCGCGACCGUGGUCAACUACUUCACGCUCGACGCCAUCACCCGGGUCGCCUACGGCAGGGCGUUCGGGUACCUCGAGACGGACUCGGACGUCUUCUCGUACAUCGAGGCCUCCGAGGCCCAGGUCCCGAUCAUGGUGUUGCUGGCGGAUGUUCCAUACCUAGCCAGGAUUGCCUACAGCGAUACGGUGCUCAAGUUGUUCGGGCCCAAGACUACUGAUAAGAAGGGGAUGGGCCAGAUGCUGGCUGUCGCCCAGAAAGUCGUGGGCGAGCGCUUCGGGCCCGAGGCGAAGGACCGGCAGGACAUGAUGGGCUCCUUCGUCCGCCACGGCGUGCCUCGCCGCCAGUGCGAAGCCGAGGUAAUAUUCCAGAUCAUCGCCGGCUCCGACACCACGGCGACGGCGAUCCGCGGCACGAUGCUGCACCUGAUGUCGAUGCCCUCGGCCUACCUCCGGCUGCGGGAAGAGGUCGACGCAGCGGCGGCGGCGGGCCGUAUCUCGAGUCCCAUCCAGGUGGACGAGGCACGACAAUUGGAGUACUUGCAGGCCGUCAUCCUCGAAGGCCUGCGCAUGAACCCGCCCUUCUCCGGCCUCAUCAUGAAAGAAGUGCCCCGCGGCGGCGACACCAUCGACGGCAAGUUCGUGCCGGAGGGCACGCGCGUCGGCCAGAGCAUCCUGGCCAUCAUGCGCUCCCCCACAAUCUUCGGCCAGGACGCCGACGUCUUCCGCCCCGAGCGGUGGCUGGGGGGCAUCGAGUCCGAGGAUAAUACGCGCCACCGCGAGAUGGCGCAGGCCGUGGACCUGCUGUUCGGACACGGGCGCUGGGGAUGCAGUGGGAAGGCGGUUGCGUUUAUGGAGCUGAAUAAGGUUUAUGUUGAGUUGCUGCGGAAUUUCGAUUUCCAGUUGAUCGACGUCAGGAAGCCUGUGGAGAGUAAGAACUACAACAUCUUCUUCCAGAAGAACAUGUGGGUGAAGGUCACCGAGAGGACGAAGUCGUGA